UCCCCUCUGUGCUGCUCAUCAGGUGCAGGCAGCGGUGGGGGAGCAGGCGGAGGAAGAGGGCAGAGCAGGAAGGGACCGGCACAGGAAGGCAGGCGCAGCGCAUCCAUUCCCCUUUAUCCCGGGCCAGGGCCGGCAAAGCCCAGUAGAAUGUGAGCGGGAAGAACGACGCACGCGGAUCGGGGGUGCCACAACUUCUCCUGCCCCUAGAUCGCUCUUGCCGGGCUUGCCCCCCGCUCCGGUCCUCCGCUCGUAUUGCCCAGGCGGGGCGCGGGGCGUUUGUCCGCUGAGGGCUUGGCGAGCCUCGGCUGCCCUCUGCCCCGUCCCCCACCCAUCUCUCUCCUCCCGGACGCGCUGCCAGGCGGGGAGGCGAUGUUCCCUCUGGACUCCACCUGGAGUAUCUCCUUCGCGGGCUGCGGGUUCCUGGGGGUGUACCACAUCGGGGUGGCCAGCUGCCUCCAGGAGCAUGCCCCCUUCCUGGUAGCCAACGCCAAGACGAUCUACGGAGCCUCCGCCGGAGCCCUGACUGCCACGGCCCUGGUCACUGGAGCCUGCUUGGGUGAGGCAGGUGCUAAUAUUAUUCAGGUCUCAAAAGAAGCCCGAAAGAGGUUCCUAGGCCCUCUACACCCAUCCUUCAACUUGGUGAAAAUCAUCCGCAGCUGCCUGUACAAGACCCUGCCGGACAAUGGGCACGAAGUGGCUAGAGGACGCUUGGGCAUCUCGCUGACGCGGGUCUCUGAUGGAGAGAAUGUGAUACUGUCGGAGUUCAAUUCCAAAGAGGAGCUGAUUCAGGCCUGUGUUUGCAGCACCUUCAUCCCGGUGUACUGUGGGUUGAUCCCGCCAAGCCUGCAGGGCGUGAGGUACGUUGAUGGAGGGAUUUCAGACAACUUGCCGCAAUACGAGCUGAAGAACACUAUCACGGUGUCUCCGUUCUCAGGCGAGAGUGACAUCUGCCCCCGGGACAGCUCCACAAACAUUCAUGAGCUGAGAGUCACCAACACCAGCAUCCAGUUCAACCUUCGCAACCUCUACCGCCUCUCAAAAGCCUUGUUCCCCCCAGAGCCUCAGGUGCUCCGGGACAUGUGCAAGCAGGGCUACCGGGAUGCGCUGCACUUCCUGAAGAAGAAUGGGCUCCUUCACCGCCCACGGCCCUCACGCCCUCUCCUUGCCGUUGAGAACUCUUCAGGGGAGAGAGACCCAGAGGAGGAGGAGGAGAUAGGAGCUGAAGACCAGCUGAGGGAGAACGCUGCCCUGGCUGCUGUCGAAGACCACAUCUUUGAACACCUGCCACCCAGACUGAACCAAGCCCUUUUGGAAGCUUGCACUGAGAGAAGAGGCCUGUUAGUUGGCAUCACCAACUUGUUGCCUGUGCGCUUGGCCUCUGCCAUGAUGAUCCCCUACACACUGCCUGUGGAAUCAGCUGUCUCCUUCACAGUCAGGUUGCUGGAAUGGCUGCCAGAUGUCCCUGAGGACAUUAGGUGGAUGAAGGAGCAGACGAGUAAUCUAUGCACCUAUCUCAUGAGGGAAGCCAAGAAGAAACUGGGAAGCCAUCUCUCAGCCAGGCUUUACUACCAUUUUGAGCUCCGAAGGACCCAGAGCCUGCCAAUCCCUUUGGCCUCUACGUACAGCGAGGUGCUGCCCCAGUGGAUGCGGAGCAACCUCUCCCUGAUGGACGUUAAGACGAAGUGGGAGGAAUACCAGCGCCAGCUCAUGCUGGGAUUGUUCUGCAUCAACGUGGACAUGCAGGCCUCCAUCUUCCCACCAGAGGGGCUGCAGAUGAGAUUCUCGCCGGCAGACCGUGUGCAAGAGAGCCUGCCACUCUUCUGAGCCCCUGCACCGCAGCCAGGAGGAGGAGGGCGCAUGGGGUCAGACCUGCAUCUCGGCAACCUGCCACCUUUGAUUCUUGCAAGCCUGUGAUGGGAGCUUCCUCAUGAACAAAGCUGUGGCAUCCAGUGUAGCCAAUUGCUACUUGCCUGACCAGGGGAGGGGCACAGUGUUAAAGUGAACACGUUUGCUGAUGAUGACCACUUAGAGAUGUGUAUCAGCACCCAGCAUGGGGGAGGUGGCAGUCCCUGGCUGUGCUGUAACAGUCCCAGUGGGCUCCUCCAGGAGACAUACCUGGAGGAUCUAGCCUAGAUCAGGACGUCGCUCAUGCUCCGGAGCUUGUUUUGUCUCCGGUUUUAGAUCUACACAUUUGUGGCUUUGUUUGUUUAUUUGUUUUAGUUUUAAACAACCCAGCACCCUGUGGCUCUUCACUGUUUGUGCUACCAAAAGGUAAAGCAGCCCAUAGUGCCGGAGCAGCUAUCGUAUGGGCCCAAACCGCCUCUCAACUCUCCUUCACUGGAGCCAAAUUCUGACCUCUGUCCUCACUCGGAGCCAGCUCUGACCCUGCUGCUGUUAAUGUAGAUUUCAUUGGCAUUGGGACUGCAGAGUUACAGGGGAGAACUGGAUACCCACAGUUGUUGCUCUAAGCUUCCUUCAUCUCUUCUUGGACUCUCUUGCCUCUCUCCUUUAGGGAUCUUCGUCUCCAUUGAGCUGCGGAGGCCUGAGAUCUGUAGUGAUAAAACUGGCUGGGAAAUUUAUUUUUAGGGGUGGGGUGGAAGGGAGACAUGAGAUGUUCAGCUGAGAUUUUUCAGAUUUAGGUGCCUGAUUCCCAUUCAUUUAAAUUGAAUGAGCCUUAGGUGGCUUUGCGAAAUCUCAGCCUUCCUUCCCUGGAUUGGCCCAAAGGCUGCUGUUGGGGAGGGAAUGCGAAGCGCUUGUAGGAAGGCUGAAAGUGAAGAAUGCACAGUGCAUGUUGUGUCCAAGUGGCUUGUGGUGGAAUGUCGCAGCAGGUACCCAGAAGGUGGUCGUCUGGGGGGGAUGGGUUUCAGCUCCAUGGGAUCACAGAGCCGGAGAACCCUGAAACGAAAUUCCCCGCUGGCGCAAAUGGAUGGAAGUCUGUUGUAGCCAGUGACGUUGCACCUGCAUAUGCUUGUGGUGAGUUUGGACUUUAGUGAAGGAGCUGACGUUGGAUGAUGCAGAUUGCCGGUCCCAGAGAUGCCGCUCUGUCAGCUCCCCAAGCGGGAGCUGUGUGCCCCUCAUUCUGACUGAAGGUGGCGCUGCCCUGAAGGUGACAGCAUCGUGUGAGCGAGAGGAACAAGGAAGUUGGGGAGGUGAAGUAAGACAUGCCAAAUCCGUGUGCAGGCCCCUGUAUCUUUAUUUUGUCACUUAAAAGAUGAGUCAGUGGGGUUAUUCCAGAGCUGAACUCUGCCCAGUGUUUGGAAGGGUGUUGCCUUGAAAUAUGCAGUGUCCCAAGGUAACCCAGUAGCAUUCCAUUGCAUAUAUGCUUCUAGCAAAGCUGUUUCUUUGGCACAUUCUCCGUGAGAGGAUGGGUGUCUAGUCCCGCCUGUUGCUUGCCUCACUGCUCAGUGGGAGGGGGAGAUAUGGAUUCGAGUGGGGAUUGUAUGUACUGAAAAAGCCAAAAUCCUAACACUGUGACUGUGUCUGUGUCACACAACCAUCUUCAAGGUUCCUCUCCUUGCAAUGCCUCUGGCUGUGUGGGGCUUCUUUCUACCUCUGCUAGCACAAACAAUCUGCAAUAGGCCAAAACAAUUGCAUGUGUCCUUUUUGGGAGGUAGGGACACGGAGUGCCUAAAGUUCAGCUAUAUACUGUAUACAUAGAAUAGUGACUCGUACAAGGUUCUCAAAUGCCACUUUAAAAAAAAAAAAAAGGAGAUGCACCCAGAAACUCUGGUGAUUGGCACGUGAUAAAUAACUAACAGCUAGAAAGUCCAGGAGAGCACACCUGUCCUGGGCCAGAUGAGAAAAGGUGUGUCUCUUCCUGAAUGUGAGGUUGCAUGCUGCUUUCUAGCAGCCAUGGCCUGUGUGAUAUGCUCGGUGUGAGGUGGAGUGUCUGCCUCUACUAAAAGGAGCAUUGCCGUAAUGCCUAUAAUGAUGUGCACCAUAGAGACCUUCUGGCAGAAAGCAGCCAGGAGCUCACCAGGUAACCACAGCUUUCAUUUUGUGAUUUCCAUCUGCAAGCAGGACUCUGAGGGUGGAGCGUCCCUGGUGGUGUUAGAUCUGUCUGUUCCCACAAGACAUUGGUCUGGAAACAAGUUUGUGUGAUUUAGAGAGUGUCCACUUGCCAGCCUUCAAGUGACACUACCUGCAUGGCGCAAGUGCCUUCUCAGUUUAUGAAAUGGGCCUAGUAUUUGUCUCUGCAAUAGUCCAAUCUAGCCAGUUUUCCCCCAUUCUGUAUUUGUGCAUUUGUUUUUUCUUCCCUAAGCAUAACACCUUACAUUUGUCUUUGUUUAAUUUCAUUUUGUUGUCCAUAGCCCAGUCCUCCAAUUUAUCAAAAUCGCUCUGAAUUUUAGCUCUAUCCUCCAAAGUGUGGGCAAUCAUCCCCCACCCCGUUUUGUGCCCUAUAUCAUUCCAUUAAUCAUUACUCUUUGUUUGCAAUUGUUUAACCAAUUAUGUAUCCAUUUAUAGUAAUUUCACUGAGCCCACAUUUCUCUGGUCUACCUAUCAGAAUGUCACGUACUGUCAAAAGCCUUGUUGAAGUCCAGGUAUAUUAUGUCCAUCGCAUUCCCCCUAAAACCAGUUACCCUGUCAAAGAAGGAAAUCAAGCUGGUUUGGCACCAAUUGUUCUUGGUGAAUCCAUGCUGGCUGCAAAUCCUCCAGGUAUUUGCAAAUUGAAUGUUUUAUACAUUGUUCUAGUAGCUUCCAAGGUAUCAAAGUCAGGCUGACUGAUCUAUAGUUCCCUGUCUCCUUUUCCCCGCUUUUAAAGAUGGGCACUACAUUAGCCCUUCUCCAGUCUUCCGGGACCUUUCCUGUCAUCCAUGAGUUUGUAAAUAUUGUUGCCACUGGCUCUGAGAUUUCUUCAGCGUAUUCCUUCAGUGCCCUCAAGUGAAUAGCAUCAGGCCCCAUUGAUUUGAAUUCAUUCAGAUUGGUCAGAAGAUCUCUGACGUGUUCUUUACUUAUCCCGAUCUGCAUCCCUUCCCCUUUAUUGUCUAUGGUAACUUGGCUAGUCGUCUGGUCACAUUAUUUUUUGUGAGAAGACAGAAGCAAAGUAGGAGCAGCUCUGCCUAACUAUCAUCUGAUACCAGCUCACCUUCUCCAGCGAACCCACACCAUCCCUGAUCUUUCUUUUAUGUCUGACAUAUUUGAAGAGCCCCUUCUUGUUAUCUCUAACAUUCCUUGCCAGCUGUAACUCAUUCUUUGGUUAGACAAACAUUGAUCAGUCCAAAAUCUGAAGUGCCCGACACAAGAGGACACUUUGAAAACUUGGCUUGAGAGAAACCAACUUUAAUGUGCAUCACGCAGUGGUUCAAAGCCCUUGAAUGUGGUGAUGCUGGUCCUAGUCAGCGUGUGGCUUUAAGAAAUGAGAGAGAACCGUUAUUACAUUGAGCCAAUCACAUGGGAUCCAGUGCAGGGUACUUCUCUACAGCAGAUUGCUAGUGCUGUGUCUAAUGUUCUGAGCCACAUAGCUUCCACAACUUUCACACCAAAGUUGUGUGUCUUUGAGGAUCCUUUUUGCUUUCUGUAUUGUCAAGCUUAUUAAUACAGCACCUUAGCCCACGUGCACAAGAAAAUAAAUAUACUUUAUGUAAAUACCACUUGCUGCUUGUAAUGAGGCACAUAAUGAACUUGUGUAUAUAACCAAUGACUAAAUUACGCUGUGCUGUAUAGUUAUUUUGUUAUGCACAACACUGCAUGUCUUCUGAACUUGCUCUGUAAGCCACGAUGAAUGUACUGUAUGCUGGGUUUGUGUGGGGUCUGCCUCAAUGCUAAUAUUAUUGCAAGUGGCUCUUAAAGGGGAGAGGAUGCCCAACUCUUCUCUGAUAUUCAGUGGUCCUGGCGAUCGCUCCCUUCUGGAAGAUCCUAGAAGGCCAGAGAAACUUAGCUGUCUCCAGUCAUCUAGGUCAUCCCUCCGCCAAUGCAGGGCUGUUACCAGCCUACAAUAGAGAGUCUUCCUACUUCUGCCUGGUUUUCAGUGACUUCAGUGAUGAGACUUCCAGCACCUCCCAUGGGAGAAAGGGCUCUUGUGUUCACAGGGGGGUGUGGACAAGAUUCCUGCUGUCUGCCUUGCGCAGUCUCUCUCUAGUCAAUGCUAUGUUGAGCUUUGCAAGGGUUCCAUGAGCUUGCCAUUCAGAGCGCAUAAAUAUUUUCUCAUAUGGACAUGGCAUUUGAUUUAGGAGGAGAUAAGGAAACAAUGGACUAGCUUGGUCAGUCACAUGCAUCUGCCAGUUCAGCAUUGUGCUGGACUCCACCGUCUGCCUUCUUUACACCAUGUUCCCAGCCAUUCCCUUCCUUGUCGCACUCCCCAUCACACUCCCUACCUCUCCCUUUCCACUCUCCCUGUGGAAUCUGCCUUUCUGAAUGCGGCUGGAGUGAGUUGUUUCUCAAUAUGCUUCAUAUCGGGGAGGAAAACGAGAAAUCUAUCUGCCACCAUCCCACCCUGGUGCAAGGCUCCACUACAGUAAAUCUCUAAUCCAUUAGCACCCUUGCCCUGAAUUGAUACACUCAGGCUGUCCUACAAAGUGCAGGGAACCGCAGAUGCCAAGUACAGGUCUAGAAAUAAAACUUUUCUGUUUCAGUGUUUCACUUGCAGUGUAUAGAUGAGAACUCUGUAUGCCAGCUCCUCCCGAGAGCUCACCUGCUGAUGAGGUGUGCUAGUGCAGAGCAUAUAGAGAGUAAACGUAGAGUACGGCAGGAAGUCAGAGCAGCAAUUAGACCACUGACAACAUAAGCAAUUGAUUUAUUUACACAGCAGUGUCAUUAAGUAGCAGUCAGUCACUUGAACGUUCAGCAUUAAAAUUUUGAUGCCUUUUUUCCCCCUCCUGUUCUUGUUUUCUAAUGUUUUGCUGAAGAAAGUGUAACUAUUUAUUUUGGCAAAAAUAUACCUCUAAUAAAAACUUCCUAAAAAUUCUCA